AUGAGUGUGAGGAACCUUACGACAGAUCAAUAUGCUCUUCUCGAAUUUAAACACCGAAUCGUUGAUCCUCACAAUAUCUUAGCAAACAAUUGGACCAACGCUACCUCUGUUUGCAACUGGAUUGGUGUCUCUUGUGCUUCUAAGCAUAGGAGAGUCAACGCUUUGAAUCUUCCCAACAUGAAUCUUAUAGGAACUGUUCCUCCACAAUUGGGAAAUCUCUCGUUCUUAGUAUCUCUUGAUUUGAGUCACAACAAUUUUUAUGGUCAUUUACCGACAGAGUUGGGGCAAUUAAAUCGUCUGAAACUCAUAGAAUUAAGCUUCAAUUUUUUUAGUGAGGAAAUUCCCUCGUGUUUUGGGAGAUUAAAUAAAGUUUUAUAUUUGAGCCUCCGGAGCAACAAUUUGACAGGUACAAUCCCUCAAUCACUAGCUAAAAUGUCCAACUUGGAAAUCUUGGACUUGAGGCACAAUCUCGUUCAAGGACACAUUCCACCCGAGAUAAGUAAUCUUCUAAAUCUAAAGAUACUUCGUCUGGCAUUUAACCAACUUUCUGGUUCUGUACCUUCAGUCAUUUAUAACAUUUCCUCCCUACACGUGAUUUCUCUUGGAUUUAACAGUCUAUCUGGCAGUUUACCUGAAGAUAUAUGUCGUCAUCUUCCCAAUCUUGAGGCACUUUACUUGCCCUUAAAUGAGUUUUCUGGUCAAAUUCCAUCAAGUAUAGAUGAAUGCAGGUGCCUUCAAAAUUUAACUUUAUCCUUCAAUAGAUUCAGUGGCAGCAUUCCAAGGAGUAUUGGAAAUUUAACGAGGCUCAAAGGGCUACUCUUGAGGGGAAAUAAUUUGGAAGGUGAAAUUCCAUGGGAGAUUGGGAAUCUUAUUUCAUUGGAGAAAUUAGUUGCAUCAUUUAUGCGGUUAAGUGGAUUGAUUCCACAUUCCAUUUUCAACAUUUCUUCUUUGAAAGCAAUUAGUCUUGCCAACAAUAGUCUAUCAGAAAAGCUCUAUUUCGACAACGAAUAUCUUCAUCUCAUAAGUGCUCUUGAACAUUGGAAACUAGAGUUGUCUUUAUCUGGCGAGACUUGCGAUUGGAUCUUGUCCAAUAUUUUGCCUUAA